CUGUUGGCCCGGGACUCCAUGAGCGCCAUCGGGGGAAGCGGAGGCGGCGGCGGCGGCGGAGGAGGCGGCGGCUUGGAGCCAGACCUCAGCCCGGCCGUCCCCGUCCCCCUCCCCGCCGCGGGGGGAGACAGCGCCAAGGGCAGCCCAGGGCUCGUGGCGGCCGUGGCCGGAGCCGGAGGGGCCGGUGCCUCUUCGUCCUCCUCCUCUUCCUCUUCUUCCUCCUCUUCCUCCUCGUCCUCACUGCUGGCGCAUCCCGCGGAGGCGGCGCCCUCGGUGCCCAACGGGAUCUUCGCGCCGCCCGGAGUGGCCGCCAACGGGGACUCGAAGUCUGCCGCCCUCGCCGCUGCCUCAUCCGCCGCCUCCUCUUCGGCCUCCGCCGCCCCGGCCUCCUCUCCCGCCUCCAGCACCCCACUGGUCGACUUUCUGCUGCAACUGGAGGAUUACACGCCCACGAUCCCAGAUGCUGUCACAGGCUACUACCUGAACCGCGCUGGCUUCAAAGCUUCCGAUCCGCGCAUCAUCCGCCUGAUCUCCCUGGCUGCCCAGAAGUUCAUCUCCGACAUUGCCAACGACGCUUUGCAGCACUGCAAGAUGAAGGGGACGGCCUCUGGCAGCUCCCGAAACAAGAGCAAGGACAAGAAAUACACCCUCACCAUGGAGGACCUUGCCCCUGCGCUCUCCGAGUACGGCAUCAACGUCAAGAAGCCCCACUACUUCACUUAGCUGCCUGCCCCCAACCCCCUGGAUUCACUCUUGGACUGCUUCUUUUUCUUCUUGGCUGCUGUACCAUUAAAGUUCUCCCUUUCUUGAAA